AUGAAACACCUCAUCCUCACAGGAGCAACCUACCUCGACACGAUCCUAAGCGUGCCCUACUUCCCCGCCGAGGACUCCAAGCUGCGGGCCACCAAGCUGGAGCUUCGCCGCGGCGGCAACUGCGCCAACUCCCUACAAGUUUUGCAGCAGUUCGACCUCGGCGACGCCUGCCUGCACCUCGUGUCCUGCCUCCCGCGCGAGGGCUCCCCCGACACGGAGCGCAUACUAUCGUCCUUCGGGCCCGACUGCAGGAUCCGCUUUGACCAUUGCCUCUUCCGAGACGAGGACGACGCGGCGAGCAGCUACAUCGUCAGGAGCGAGGCGAGCGGUAGCCGGACCAUCGUGAACUACAAUGGGCUGCCCGAGAUGCAGGUCGGCGAAUUCGCGAGCGUGGUGGACGGGUUUCGCGAGGACGAGGAAACGUGGUGGCAUUUCGAGGGCCGGAAUCCAGGUACGACGUUGGCGUGUAUCGAGUUGAUACGACGGCGUCAUCCCAGAGCGAGAAUCAGCGUCGAGAUUGAGAAGCCUGGAAGGCAAGGGCUGCUGGAUCUUGCGGCUCGAGCAGACAUUGUCUUUUACUCGCAAUCCUGGGCCGAGAGCCGAGGCUACGCGUCUGCUGAAGAAUGCCUAAGAAAGGAGCAUCGUCGUCCAGGAUCGCUCGGACUGUGCACCUGGGGUGCAGCCGGGGCCACGGCCAUGUCUCAGGCAACUGGCGAGCCGCUUCACUGCCCUGUCCAGGGAGCCGCCGACCAGAUAUCAGUCAUUGAUCCAAUCGGUGCUGGAGACACAUUCAUAGCAGGGAUGCUCUGGCGCUGCUUUGUCGCCGGCGACUGGCCCUCGGUCAACGUCGAGUCCGCCGUGUCCUUUGCCGUCGCGUUGGCCACGCUCAAGGUGCAGCAGGACGGGUUUGCCGGGCUAAAGGAGUCGCUUGCCAACGAGUAA